AUGGAUAUCACUCUUUGUACUUCAUGCUGGAAUGCGUUGGGGGCGUUUGAUUACGCUGCUACCAAUAGGAUCCUAGCACGCCUCUUACGUGUAUACCAACCCAUGAGCAAUUUGCUUGGUCGAUUGAGCAACUGCGAGAGUCUUUAUACCCAGCUAUCCUUCCUAAAGCCUAAAUGGUACUAUGUCCGAAAAGAUCCACUGCAUUCUCUUUACACUUAUCUAGCCGAGGACGCGGCGAAGGAAAUAGCUAUUCUUGAAAGCAAUUCCGGUGCUGCUGCUGCUACUGGGAUCAAUGAUAUCGACACGAUACUCGAUGUUCUAAAGGCACUCACUGAUGUUUGCCGCAUACGGCAAUCUUUAAUCACUUUGUAUCAAGCUAUUGGUGCAGCUCAACAUCCUUCUACGUUUACGACCAUAUUACGAGAUUUGGAGAGUUGCAAGCAGACCUAUGAGAGCAUGGAUAGCGAUCGCUUGGGACUAUUGGGCUUAGGGAUCCGUAAAGAGAUUUGUAUCUUGCAAUCGCUUCUCAAGGCUCGACAAGCAAUCAUUGAUUAUGCUUUUCAAGAAUCAUGCAUGGCCGUAUUUGUCUGUAAACAACAAUUGAACGAUUGGAAGGUUGCAUGUCAGAAUCAGGAUUAUGCAGAAAAAUUUUCCGCAUCAGGUUUACAAGAAACAAGGAACACAACCAGUAGUCUAAACUGGCGAAACGUGCUAUUUGGUGGAUUGUCCGAUACCCCAAAAACGGGUGACAACUGGCCCCACAGCAUUCGAUGGUUCACCAAGUACCUCGACAAUUUGAUUGCCAAGAUGACUUUAUAUUUCAACAACAUUCUCUUGGCCAAGGAGCAGAUCUUGACAGAGGAUGAUGCAGGGAAGGCUUUAUGGAAAGGUAUCAAGAUCGAUUACUACGAUCAGAUAUCAACUUUCCGUAAACGGUUUGGGGCUCAUUGCAUUGGUCUUAUCUACGAGGUGACACCUUCCGUACCAUUUUAUCCACAAGGAUAUGUGUGCUCUGGAACGCCGUAUGAGCCUCCUCAAGGUAUUCAUUCAUUUCCUUUCAUUUAUUGUCAUCCCAAUCAAACGCCCAAAGAACAUAUGCCCAACAUCAUAUCCAUCAUCCAAGGAAGCCGUAACAAAUUGAAUGAUCCAAAGGCCGGCCCUGUUUAUUUUUACGACAACAAGAUCACUAGCACGUAUUAUUUGUCGCGUGUGGAUGAACGUGUGGUGCUGAUUGUCAUUUACCUGGAACGUCAUGUGCACCGAGAAGCGGCCACAACCGAAUUUAUGACGAACAUGGUGAUCUCCCUCCGUGAAACGAGUGUUAUUGGCGACCUCUCAAGAAUGGAUUACUGA